CUCGGUGGCACGUGGGCUUCAGUUGCUGGGCUGCCCGGGAGGCUCGCUUGUGGCGGUUUCUUUGGUUUUGUGGAGGCGGCUUAGUUGUCGGGGCGGAGUUAGAGGCGCUUCGUUUGUGAGUCCUUCCUCGUCGCGGUCCCGACACUUCUUCAUCCCAAAACACCUGAGCGGGGCGGGGAAUUUUAAUUGGCAUGCUCUCACCCUGUCACACAUGUCUAAAAUAUGUCAUGCCUACCUUAUUUUAAUGAAAAAACAUACAUUCAGCCAUUAUUAUGUGCAAGCCCAUGGUUUCUGAGAGAUUGUCCACUUUAUGGUCACGUCAUAUCAGUGGUGCCUUUCUAUUUUCAUCCAAGAGUGCAUGUAGCCACACCUGAAAUCUAUAAUCCUGUGACUAUAGAUACAUCCAAUCUAUUUGUGGUAGCGCCUUCUUUCUCACCUGUCAUUCUUAAUCAUGGGCAAUGGGGAAACAGUUACUAUAGAUACACUACUGCUGAAAUGAAUGCCAGGGGAGUACAAGUUCUAGAGAAGCCAAAUACUAUUCAUAGCUUUUCAGGUGAAAGAGCUGUUAAAUGCCGUCAGCUAUCAACUAGUUCUGAGAAAAAUAGAUUCAGUGAAGCUGUGCUUAAACUUAGUACUGACCAUUCUGAUGCUAGUAUUGUGGAACUGAGAGAGAGUAAUAUUGAGAAUGAUGCUUAUAAAUCAACAGUCUUGAGUGCACCCCUUGAGUCAGAACAGUCUGCAAAAAAUGAGAUUAAUAAUAUCUCUGGCUCUUGCUUGAAGUUCACUAAUUGCUCCACUUUAAGCCAGUCAUGUUACGUAAGUGCCUCAGAAUUAAACUUAUCAAAAGGAAACUUACCUUAUUUUUGUUCAACAUUUGAUGAAAAACUUGAAUCUGCACAUAAACAGGGAAAGAAAAUGUCCAUUGCACUGCAAGAUGCAAGUGAAACAAAUGCUAACUUGGAUACUGAUGCAGACUUUUCCUACUUCAGGGACAAUCAAAAUGAUUACAAAUGCAGUGAUUUAGAUGAUGACUCACAACUAGAAUAUCACAGUGCUGAAGAACAAGAUUAUGUUGGUCAAACGUCCUCAUACUGGCAAAAAACAAAAUCUUCAGAAACUUUUCAGAACAAGGAACUGUCUAAUGAAGAUGGGCUUGCAGAUCGCCAGCUGCCUUUUAACGAAUCAAAAGACGAGUCUUCCACUUCAGUUUGUAAUAUUACUUGCGAUUGUUUCAAGUACAGUGAAAUACCAGAAUUUCCCCAGAAAUAUGAAGGUAGCAAAUGUGGUACACAUGGCCAUUGUUUGAAUUUUGAUGAUAAAGGAAGAGAUGAGACUAUCAGUACGUUCUGCAGUAUUGUUAAUGAAGAAUCAGUUAGUGCUAAGACUAAUAAAGAAAGGAAUAAUCCAAAAUUAUUCUCAGUGAGCAUUGAUGAAAACACAAAAACAGAUUCUCUUAAAUAUGUAUCCCUGAAAACUGGAAAUCGACAUGUCCAGCAGGAAAGAACAUUUUUACCACAUGCAUACAUGCCUAGUGGUGAUCCAGAAGUUUCAGAUUCUUGGAUUUAUCAACAAUCGGUUGUAGCUGAUGCUGACAAGGCAAAUUGCACCUACAAUUCGUAUAGUCAUCAUAAAAGAUGCGAAGAGAAUUUUGCUAACUUAGAGUUAAACUGCAUCACAUACUUAAAUAAUGUAGCAAGUAAAAAUCAAAGUACAGUUAACCAAGCUGUUGAUGCAAGUUCUGAUUUUAGAGCUUGCUUUACAACAAGUAGAGCAACUAACGUCAAGGCUUCAGUAGUGUCCAGAGCACAAAAUACAGUUAUAACAAUGAUGAACAAAGAGAGACCCAAGCAGUGGCUGACAAAUUCCUUCAAAAGUGUUGCCUGCAAUACAGAUUGGUCAUGCAUAUCUGACAGUGUGGAGAUGACCAAUUCACAAAUACCAAUGAGUGAUAUGUUGGAAAACUGUGUGACUAGUGAUAAGGCAAAACACGGAUGCAAAUCAAAAAUUGAGGAUCUGUUGGAAUGGAAAAACAGCAUUAGCAGAGACUUAAAUGAAAUUCCAAACAGGAUAAUGCAGCUUUCUCAAGAAAUAACCAAUCAUUUGCCAAACUGCUGUAAAGAAAUAUUGCAGAGAGCCAUAAAAGCUGAAAUGCAGCUUCUGAGACUUCGCUAUCAGUUGUAUCAACAGCACUGCUGGCAAACGUGCAACCCUCCUAUGGAAGAAAAGGAAUAUGUGAACAAUUCCACUCUUCAGACAGGAAAAUCUCUACCCCAGGUGCCUGUGUCACAGAAUAUGGAAGCUUCUUCACUCCCGUUAGUUACACAUCAAGAGAACGCUGAUGAAAACAGUGUCCCUGAUCAAUCCCUUUCCAAGAAAAACUCUGAGAAGAAGAAAUAUGAACUUGUAGAAAAUAGUUCUUCAGAUACUCAAGAAAUCAGUGAAGGCUGGUUUGAUGCUACAGAGAACCUGACAGUAACUGAUUCUUCACACUCACUAACAGAUCAGUUAAAGCUAAGUGGUACAACAGAAACACACACUAUAAAAGACACCAAAAAGAACUAUCGUGUGUAUAUUGCCAGUUUAGGUCCCUUAGUGUCAGAAGUUGAUCUAUGGCUUCAUUUCCAGAAGUAUAAUGUUUCUGAGAUUUCCAUUUGUGAGUAUUCUGCCAAUUGCAGAUACGCUUUCCUUAGUUUUAAAACAGCCAGUGAUGCAAAGCUGGCAGUGAAAGAAAUGAAUGAGAGAGAAAUAAAGGGAAAAGCAAUAAAGAUCCAGCUUGUAAAGGCUGCAGAUGAAAACACAGUCCCCGAUUAUCAGAGUUAUGUGAAACAACAUGAAAACCAAAGACCACAUUAUAAUAAUGAAAACAAUAUUGAAUAUAGAAAGAAUGGUGAUGUGAUGUUUAAAGCACCUGCUUCUGCCUCAGCUACUCGCAAAGUGUCUUCUGGUGUUCCUUUCUGUUCAAAAGGGCCCAAUCUCUCCAAAGGUUCUUCCAAGUCAUCUUUCCCUGUUUUGGCUUUGGCAAGUGUUCCUAGGCCUGUCUUGGACUCUUCAAAGAUGUCCCUUUGUGCUCCAGCUCCCUGCAAACUACCCAACCCUGAUGUCAAAUCCUCUAAACUGUCGCCAAAAGAUACAGACAUUGAAAUUGAUCAAGAGGAUAUUGCAGAUGGCCUCUUGCCAUUGGGCUCCGUACAGUUUACUCCAAAUCCAUCCACUACCUUUAUACCACCAAACACAUUAAACUUGAGAAGCUUCCGUAAAGUGGUGAAGAAGUUGGAAGAACUACAUCCAGAAGUUCACAGAGACAAUAUUUUGGAUGCUUUGGUAGAGAUAAAAGAAAAUAAGGGUUUGCUUAGUGGCUUACCCCUUAGCACUAUUGUGCAAAUGACCUCAUCACUUCUGAAGAAGAGAUUUGGAUGCAAGUUUGAGGAAAAGCAAAAUAAUCUGAGAAAUAAACCGUGACUUUGCAACCAAUUGAUGAACAUCUUCGUAUUCUACAAUAUUUCUGUUUAUGUUUAUCACUGACAUGACUGAAAAGAGAAGCCAUGUUUGCAGACCUGGAAGAAAAUACACAUGGAGUUGAAGAGCUGCUGAAAACCACAGAGCAUGUGGCUUUAAAGAGGAACAAAAUGUUUAGGGAAAUUUGUGACUUGGUUGGAAGAUAUUUCAGUUUUCAAAUAUUUGCAUUCAUGUUUUUGUUAACUGAGAGCAUACAAGUUUGAAAGGAACUGAUGGUCUGAUCUGUUAGUCUGCAAAGUCCAAAAAUUCUUGCCUUAAAUAUAAAGCAUAAAGUUUCAUAUUUUGCAUUUGUCAGCUACUGUAAUGUGACACAACUUUAGAAAAUAUCUUGUAAGAAUCUAACAUGACUGAAGUUUGUAAUAGCAGUUUCAAUAAACUGGUUAUAGAAAAGUUUAAAA